ACAUCUGAUAACCGGUUACCUAAAUUAUUCAGCACGCUUUGCUUCAGCGAGUAUUAUGAAUAGCCUUAGAUUCUCGCAAAGUGUUUUGAAAGUAGUUCUCCAUAACAUUUUGUUGCAUCCUGCUAAGAAAUAGUAUUCAGGUCCUUUUAAUUUCUUCGCAACAAGACCGCUAAGCAGACACAAGUUACAUAAACUAAGACUAGUUGGUUUCUUACGUUAUUUAUUAUUAGCCAUCGACAAAAACACAUGUAUGCGUUACAGGAAUACACAGUAAGGCUGUCAAAGCCAACGACGACGCUAAGCAGCUAACGAGUAAAAUUGACGUUUCGAAAAUAACUAUACAGCUAGCUGGCCAGUCAGACAAAAGGGCAGAAAAGUGCAGAGUUAAUGAAGACAGUUAAGAAAUCACUGCUCAAAACCUGAGAAUAUACUCUGGUGGCAGCUUUUGAAGGGCUAUAAUAAUAUUUUUACUUUGCAUUUCCUUUAUCGAAGCGCAAGACGCGGAUGUGACAGCACAUCGCAGCAAUGUUGAUGGAGGUGCUCCAGGUGCUGCGAGGAAUGGGACGUGUGGGCACAGCUUUCAUCUCCAUCCAAGGGGAACAGCUGCGGCUCAUGGCUUGCAACUCCACAAUGGGUGCAGGAGUUAAGGCAGCAGAGGAGCUUGUUGAGCGCAUAUUGGGUACAGUCGCUCGAAGCAGUACGUCUGUGAGGUCAGAAUUCCCCGACACCUGGGAAGAAGUGGAGCAAGAUGCCGCAGCAAAGUGGGCAGUGGCCUCUGAGAUGCCGCUGGACUCCGCAGGCCAAGGGGAGCGGCCAGUCCAGGAGGCCGGGAACCCGCUACCUCGCGCCAGAACGGACCGUCCCGGUUGGCAGGGUCAGAGCACCCGCUUCCUGCACCAAGGCCCGGCGCUGCAGAUCCGCAGGCUGCUCCACGACUCGGCGGUGGGCCGCCUGACGGAAGAAGACAUGAAGAAGGCCCGGGAGUCCAAGCAGGCAGCAAACAGGACACCAGCCGCCAGACUGCCGCGCCAGAAGCUGAGUGACCGUGCCAAAGAAAGGAAAGUCCCAGCCACCCGUAUCGGCCGGCUUGCUAAUUUUGGAGGUCUCGCGGUCGGCCUGAGUCUGGGAGCCAUUGCAGAAGCAGCCAAGCAGUCUCUGGGAGGCAAGCGCUCAGAAACGGCCGCCCUGCUGGACUCGCCACUGUUAUCGGAGGCCAACGCAGAGAGGAUCGUGGACACCCUCUGCAAGGUGCGCGGAGCGGCGCUCAAGAUCGGACAGAUGCUCAGCAUCCAAGAUAACAGCUUCAUCAACCCCCAAGUACAAAAGAUAUUUGAGCGUGUCAGACAGAGUGCCGACUUCAUGCCGUCUUGGCAAAUGAUGAAUGUCCUGGAAGAGGAGUUGGGCGCAGGCUGGAGGGAGGAGCUGGCCUCGUUCGAGGAGAAGCCGUUUGCGGCGGCAUCCAUCGGGCAGGUCCACCACGGAGUGCUGCAGGAUGGUCGGGAGGUGGCCCUGAAGAUCCAGUACCCAGGCGUUGCAGAGAGCAUCCACAGCGAUAUUAACAACUUGAUGGCCGUGCUGAAAAUGAGCAUAGCGCUGCCUGAAGGCUUGUUUGCAGACAGCAGCCUGGAGGUCCUUCAGAGAGAGCUGGCUUGGGAAUGUGACUACAAGAGGGAAGCGAAAUGUGCCAAGCGAUUCAGGGCUCUGCUGGAGGGGGACCCCUUCUUCAGGGUCCCGGAGGUGCAGGACAGCCUGACAAGCGGCCGCGUCCUGACCACGGAGAUGGUGUCUGGGGUGCCGCUGGACCACUGCGUGAACCUCAGCCAGGAGACGCGGAACAAGAUUUGCUUCAGCAUCCUGCAGCUGUGCUUGAGGGAGCUGUUUGAGUUCCGCUUCAUGCAGACCGACCCUAACUGGGCUAACUUCUUCUACAAUGCUGAACAGGACAAGAUUUUCCUGCUGGAUUUUGGGGCUUGCCGGGAUUAUCCAGAGAAAUUUACUGAUGACUACAUAGAGGUGGUGUACGCUGCUUCAGCGGGAGACCGGGCGACCGUGCUGCAGAAGUCCAAGGAUCUCAGGUUCCUCACAGGUUUUGAAACCAAGGCGUUUGAGGAAGCCCACACAGAAGCUGUGAUGAUCCUGGGUGAGGCCUUCACCUCUCCGGGCCCCUUCGACUUCAGCAGCCAGAGCACCACCCAGCGCAUCCACAGCCUCAUACCUGUCAUGCUGCGGCACCGGCUCACCCCUCCGCCAGAGGAGACCUACUCGCUACACCGCAAGAUGGCCGGCUCCUUUCUCAUCUGCUCCAAGCUGGGUGCCCGCAUCCACUGCCGGGACAUGUUCCUGGAGAUCUAUGAUGACUAUGGUCGCCGGAGACGGGAGCAGGCCACCUAGAGGGGGGGAGGUGGAGCUGAAGACUGUAUGUGGGUAAAUAUGCAGAGAGAUGUGGUCCUUCAUCCGUAAUGCCAGUCCUUGAAGUAACGGAGGCCAAAUGUUGAGUGGAAUUUGGCAACGUCUUAGGAGAAAAAGGUAUGAAAUGCCCAGAACUGAAGGAUAUGACUCAUUCUUCAAAGCAGAAACCGGAGUGUACAGGAAUCCACUAAGUUCUUCUGAAGGCCUCAGUGGCACUCAGGAACUGUUAGUCAUUUUACUGGCUGCUCCUUUGACUGGCGCCCAGAGACUGCUGGGAUCGGACCAAAGCAGCGUCUGUACCAACAGUUAAGAAAAUGUACAGUACAUAAAAUAUAAUGGGCUGAGUCAGAAGUUUAAUAUUUUGUGGUUGCGCACCUUUCAUUGAAAUUUUAUGUGAUGCAUCAGCAAGACGUGGUUUUGUGUUUAUUUCAGUAUUGUCAGUGUGGUUGAAAUUGGCUUUUUUUAUGCAAAGGAGUAUGGAAAAGAAUAGAAAACGUACGUAAUUCUCAAAAAAUGCAGGUGAAACACAAGUGUUGGCUGUAUGCUUUAUUGUAAAUCUCCAGUAUCAUUAACUGCCAGCGUGGGCAGAUCUUACGUCGCCGUAUUAACAUGCUGUAAUUUAUAGAAUGUAAUGAAGUGUUUCGUUUGAGAACAGUGCCUGAGCUUUUCAGUCCUCUGUUUUAUACUUGUGCUUUAAUAGUGACUGAAAUAGCCAUUUGUUGUGAUUUUAAUAUUGUACAUUUCUCUGAGCUGGUAUUUAACAAGAUGUGUGUAAAAUUACAUGACGUUGCAUAACCGAAGCCAGUACACGGGGGAAAUUAUGCGCAAUACAUGUGGUGGAUUGAA